CCCGGCAUGGCGGAGGUGGUGGACUUCCGGGUGCCCUCGGGGAGCGACCAGACGCUGCUGGUUUGGGGGCUGGAGCCGGAGCCGGGGCUGGAGCAUUCCCUGUUUUCAGCGUUUUCCAGGUUUGGACCGCUCUACUCUGUGCGGGCGCACAGGAAUGCUGCUGUGGCAGGGCCUGGUUAUUGCGCUGUUAUCACGUUUUAUUCAGCUGGAGAUGCCAGCAGAGCCCAGCGCACAUGCAAUGGGCAAAGGCUGUUUCAGAAGUCUCCCUUGAAGGUUUGUGUUUGCACCAAGCAGAAGGGGUUUCAGCACCAAGUCCUCGCUCUCAGCAGCAACAAGUGCCAGGAGUUGGCCAACCACUACCUUGGCUUUAACGGCUGGUCCAGUCGCAUCAUCACAGUAAGGGCCCUUUAUAUUCACCCAUCAUCCUUCCCCUCUUUGAGCUUUAAGAGCGGCCAAAUCUGGGAUGAAGGCACUCCAGAACACCCUGAAAGUUACUUUUGUUGCCAGCUUCUCCCUAAUGAGACCUAUCUCCUUGGUCUGAGGACGUUCUCCUCCUUCUCCUCCUCCUCCUCCUCUGGGGCCAUUCAGCCUCAGUUCAUUCCAUCCUUGACAGUUCUGAACAAGACAGUUCUGAACCCUGCUGGGUACUUACAGAGAUGCUUCUGGGGUCAACUACAAUGUUCCUGCUGCAGCUCCAGCAUCAUCUGCACACGUGUGCACAGCAUCAUCUGCAUGUGUGCACACACAUGUGCUGUGGCACGGGGAGGGCCAUGAACAGACAGAGGGGACGAGGCUCUGCCAGGAGCAGGGAGCACCCAACUGUGCCCCAACACCCUGCAACCAACACGCUACAACCAACGCCCUGCACCCCAACAUCACGCACCUUAAUACCCUGCCCCAAAACACUGCACCACAACAGCCUGUACCAAACACCCUGUACCGCAACACCCUGCCCAAAAGACCCUGCACCCCAACACCCUGCACCCCAACACCCUCCACCACAAGACCCGGCAUUCCUUCUCUGCCCCUCCAAAUCCGCUCCCCAUUCACACACACACACGAUCACACACAGCCACUGACACGCAUAGUUGCAUGCGCACACAUGCACAAACGUGCACAGCCACAGGUGGACACACAUGCAUGCAGAGACGCACAGAUGCAUGUACAGGUGGGCACACACAUGCACACACGUGGGGCAGAUGUGCGCAGACGCACGCCCUGGCAGGCACGCUCUUCCAUGCGCACACACAUGUACUGCACGCGUCUUCUCGCAGGCAGGCACACGCGUGUGCAAGGAGAGACACUUGGGGGCAGAGCCUCAUCCCCACUGGUUUUUCAUGGCCCUCCCAGUGCUGCAACACACGUGUGUGCACACAUGCACAGGCACACGCAUGUGCAUGUCCAUCAACUCACAGGAUACAGGGUGAAUGAACAACCAAACAGUUUUAUUGGUCACAUCAAAGAACAUCCUAAUGUCUCAUCUAAACCUAAUGUCUAAUCUAAACCUAAAGCCGAAUCUUCUU